AUGAAUUCCUUCCUUUUGAUUAUCGUGUUUCUUCAUCUUUGUUGGGUUUCUCUAAGUCUGAGCGCAGAGACAGUGUGCAUUGAAAGUGAGAGAGAGACACUGUUGAAGUUGAAGCAUCAUCUCAUUGAUCCUUCAAAUAGACUUUCUUCUUGGAAUGCUUCUCUCAAUCCCAAUUGUUGCCACUGGUAUGGAGUUCUCUGCAACAACAUUACAUCUCAUGUUGCAGAGCUUCACCUCAGAACUCCAUCUCCUCUUUACUAUGAGAGCCUAUUUGAAUAUUUUUAUGAAGAAGCAUGGGAAGAGUAUACUAGAAGGGCAUUCACUGGAGAGAUAAAUCCUUGUUUGGUUGAUUUGAAGCAUUUGAAUUACUUGGAUUUCAGCUACAAUCUUUUUCAAAUUCCAUUUCCGUCUUUCAUUACAACAAUGACUUCCUUAACUCACCUCAACCUUUCUAAUGCUGGAUUCGUGGGGAACAUUCCUCCUCAUAUUGGAAAUCUCUCCAAUUUGCUCUAUCUUGAUUUAAGUGAUGCUGCCAACGGAAUAAUUCCUUCUCUGAUAGGGAAUCUCUCCAACUUGCUCCACCUCGAACUCACAGGAUAUUAUUAUGAAAAUGUUGAUUGGCUGUCAAGUCUUUCCAAGCUUUGUUAUCUUCACUUGAGCAACUUACAUUUGUCAGAAUGUACACUCCCUCGGUAUAAUCAACCAUCCUUUGUUAACUUUUCGUCUCUCCUCACUCUUGAGCUUUCCUAUAUUUCUUAUCAUUCUACAAUUUCUUUUAUUCCAAAGUGGGUAUUUGGACUGAAAAAACUUGUUUCUCUUUUCAUAUAUCGUAACUACUUUGAAGGUCCAAUUCCUGAUGGUCUUAGAAACCUCACACUUCUUGAAAAUCUUGAUUUGAAUGAAAAUUCAUUAUCAUCUUCUAUACCUCAUUGGCUUUUUGGUUUUCUUUCUCAUCUCAAGUUCUUGGACCUAUCAUAUAACAACUUCCAAGGUGUUAUUCCUGAUGAUUUAGGAAAUAUGGCUUCUCUGGUUAAACUUGAUCUAUCACACAAUAAACUUGAAGGUCCAAUUCCAACCUCUUUGGGAAAUGUUACCUCUCUAGUUGCACUUGAUUUAUCAGACAAUCAACUUUCAGGCAAUCUAACACUAGAUUAUUAUGGCAGCAACGUUGAUGGUGAACAUCCAAAAUCACUUGGAAAACUUUCAUCACUGAAAAUUCUUAUGUUGUCUUCAAAUCAACUUGGUGGAAAUCCAUUUAAAAGUCUUGGAUCACUCUCUAAAUUGUCAUACCUUCACAUUGAUGACAAUCAUUUUCAAGGAGUUGUCGAUGAAAGUCAUGUUGAAAAUCUUACAAGCUUGAAAGUGUUUUAUGCAUCAGGAAACAAAUUGACUUUAAAAGUGGGUCGCCAUUGGCAUCCUACUUUCCAACUUACCCGUUUGGAUAUGAGCUCUUGGCAAUUAGGUCCCAACUUUCCAUCAUGGAUUCACUCACAAAAUGAACUUCAAUAUUUGGUGAUGUCAAAUACAGGGAUUCUAGAUUAUAUUCCCCAUUACUUUUGGGAGGCUUGUUAUUCUCUUGAAUAUUUAAACCUCUCUAAUAAUCAUAUUCAUGGUAAGAUUGAAAAUUCAUUGUCAAAUCCAAUAUCUGUUUGGACAGUUGAUCUAAGCUCAAAUCACUUGCAUGGAAAGUUACCUUUCUUUUCUAGUCAGGUUGCAAGGCUAGAUCUCUCAAGUAAUUCAUUUUCUUCCAUGAAUGAUUUCUUAUGUUGCAAGAAAAUUGAGGAAUUUAACUUGUAUAAUCUCAAUCUUGCUUCGAAUAACUUAUCGGGAAAAAUACCUGAUUGUUGGAUAAAGUGGCCAAAUUUGAUUAAUGUAAAUCUACAAAGUAACCAUUUUGUUGGGAACAUUCCCUUAUCCAUGGGCUCUUUAGCUUGGUUACAGUUUUUGAACAUCCGUAACAACUCAUUAUCAGGAAUAUUUCCUACUGCUAUGAAGAAGAAGAACAAUUUGAUAUCCUUGGACAUUGGAGAAAAUAACCUUUCCGGAACUAUUCCAGCAUGGAUUGGAGAAAAGUUGCCAAGAAUAAAAAUUCUUCGCCUUCGAUCAAACAAUUUUUCAGGUCAUAUUCCAAAUGGCAUAUGUGAUAUGAUAUUUCUUCAGGAUUUUGACCUUGCACAAAAUAGUUUAUCUGGAAAUAUUCCAAAUUGUUUAAACAACAUUAGUACCAUGUUGCAAAAGAACAAAAGUACAGAUUUAAUUAUCACUAUAGAUGACUCGAGAUUGACGGCAAUCAGUAUUUUCAUAUGGACAAAAGGAAGGGCUUUAUUGUACAAUAGUAUUCUUGGCUUAGUGACAAAUGUUGAUCUUUCUGAUAAUAACUUAUCAGGAGAGAUACCUAGAGAACUCACGUAUCUAGACGGUUUGAUAUAUUUGAAUUUAUCUGGGAAUCAAUUGUCUGGCCAAAUUCCACCAAGUAUUGGCAAUAUGAGAUUAUUAGAAUCCAUUGAUCUAUCAAGGAAUCAAUUAUCAGGAAAAAUCCCUCCAACCAUAUCAAACCUGAGCUUUCUGAACAACCUAGAUUUGUCUCAUAACCAUUUAGAGGGAGAAAUUCCAACGGGCACUCAAAUUCAAAGCUUUGAAGCAUCAGACUUUGUUGGAAAUAAUUUGUGUGGUCCACCCCUACCCAUCAAUUGCAGUUCGAACCAGCAAAUUCCAUAUAUUGACAACUCGGAAACAGAAAAUGGUGGGCAUGGAGUGAAUUGGUUCUUCGUGAGCUUCACAGUUGGAUUUAUUGUGGGAUUUUGGAUAGUUAUUGCUCCUUUGUUAAUUUAUAGAUCAUGGAGGUAUGCAUAUUUUUCCUUCCUUGAUAACGUGUGCUAUAAAGUACGAUCAUAUUGGUGAUUGUUGAUUUGUAAUGUACGACUGUUGUUUUACUUGACGUUCAUCUUUCUCUGUAUGAAUGUGUGGUCUAC